AUGGAUCGCACAGGCAACACCAACUCUUCCCAUCAUCAUCUAUCACAAGACCCUGUUCAAUCAAGUCAACCUGUAGUAGACUCCAACACCAUUACGAGCGCCCCCGCCCCCGCCCCCGCACACCAAUCCACCACCACCACCACAACUGCCGCCAUUACCUCACCUUCCACUUCCACUUCUCAUCAGCCCCGUACGCGUACCUCUCACAAGCACGACGCCGCCGCCACCAGCUCCAGCUCCACCGCGAACGCUCCUGCUUCCUCCGACACGCGUGUGAUCCCCGCCGUUUCUUCCUCCGUCGCGCCCGCGCCCCGUCGUUCGGCUCGUCUUUCUACCACCACCGCCACCACCGCGCACUCUACCGAGCGCGACCAGCCCGUGACCAGCACGAGUACUAGCAAGAAGGGAAAGGACAAGGCCGUCGACGAGACGCCUGCGACUUCCAGUUCCAGCAAGAAUAGGGCUCAUACCCAUGCGAACUUGCCAAGAGGGUCGGUUGCGCGCCCCAUGCGCCGGCACGGUCCUCUGUUUCCUCCCCCGCUCGUCGCCGACACGACUCCUCCCACCGACCGUAAGGGAAAGAAGCGCGCAGUCCGCGAGCCUACUCCGUCCAACUCCGAUCCCACCGCCGAGGUCGAACCGUCGCCCAAGCGCGCCAAGAAGACUCCAGCGUACGAGCUCCGGUCAAAGGGAGAAGGAUCGAGCAAGGGCAAGGUCAAAGCACCCGCCCCGAGCAAGAAGCCCAAGAGCAUGCCCAAGAAGGCCGUCACCCCCAAAUCCAAGAAGGGCGGUCCAUCUGGCUCCACUGACCGUUCCAAGAAGGGCGACGCUUCGGCGAGACAGCUGAUUGACGACCACAUGGACGAGGACGAGUCCCAGUGGGCCGAGUCUGGUGGAUCUCACGCAGCCGGACACCUCGACGAAGACCACUACCACGAAGAUGAGGACAUGGACAACUCCGACCACGAUGACGAAGACGACGAGGAUGACGAUGGCCUAGGUUUCCCCGGCAGGGGUGGUACGUCCGCCUACGACCGCCUGGCGCGUCUCGCCGACGGUGCCAUGUUUGAUGAAGCGACGGCAGCUGCCAUUUUUGGCGGCGACUUCCGUGGCUUUGGCGGUAUCAUGUCUGGUUUGUCCAACAGGUUCAAGCGUCUCAAGGCCGACCUUCGCUCGCCCAAGGCUGCCACUCGUCUCAACUCGCUGCGCGAGUGCAGUGACCUCCUCCUCGUCAGCAACGAGGACACCCUCGGCGCGGCCUUUUCGUCGUCGUCAUUUGCCACCGAAUUCAUUGCCAUCCUCGGUGGCAAGCCCAACAUUGACCACAACAGCGAUGACGACGAGGACAUGGGCGGUGCCGACGACAUGGACGAGGACGCACAGCUUGCGGCUGCCCUGGCCAUGAGCACUGGCGGCGCCUUCCCCGGCAACGACCAGCAAGAGAUGGAGGCCCAGCUUUUGGCGUGCCGGUGCCUUGCACACCUCAUGGAGGCCCUCCCGGGUUCUGGACACACUCUUGUCCAUCUCGGUGCUGUUCCAGUGCUGUGCUCCAAGCUCAACGAGAUCUCUUACAUCGAGCUUGCGGAACAGACUCUGAGCACCAUGGAGAAGAUUUCCGCCGAAUACCCAGCUGCCAUCGUCCGCGAAGGAGGGCUCGCUGCCCUUCUCAACUUCCUGCCGUUCUUCUCGACCAAUGUCCAGCGCACUGCUGUCACGGCUGCGGCCAACUGCUGUCGCAACAUCUCGAGCGAGCACUUUGCCAUGAUUCGCGACGUCUUCCCCAUCCUCCGCGAUGUCCUCACCCAGGCCGACCAACGUCUGGUCGAGCAGGCUACCCUUGCUGUCGUGCGCACUCUCGAGGCGUACCGCCACAAUGCCUCUCACCUCGAAGGCCUUCUUGAUUUACCGACCGUCGUUGCUAUCAACGCACUGCUCAUGCCCGCCGGUGGUUCACCACUCGUUUCCGAUUCGACCUACACGCAUCUCCUCAAGGCGCUCACCUCAUCUGCACGCGCCUCGGCUGUGGUCACUGUUGCCCUUCUCGAAGCGGGCAUGACGAGCACGGUCCACCACAUUCUCACGGGUGUCCUUCCGUCGUCGCACGAGGCGGACGAGCAGGGCGGCGCCCCCGGUGGCCAGGGACUCGGCAGUGGUGUUGCCGACAUGGCCAUCAUGCAAAACCUCGCUCACCGUCCCAAGGACCAGGUCGAGGAGGCUCUCGGUCUCAUCUGCGAAUUGCUUCCUCCCCUUCCGCGCGACGGCGUGUUCGACCACCGUGCGUACAGUGAGAAGAGCCUCGCCAAGAUUAUCAAGCGCGGCGGCCGCCCUGAGCGUUCGAGGCAGCGCAGCAGUGCCCGUGCUACAGGAGCUGGUGCCGCUGAAGGAUCAGGAUCGACAUCCACCAGCCCCGGCACUCCCACGGAGGCUCCCUCGACCCCCGCCCUCGGUACUGCGUCGGCCACAAUCGCCUCAUACGCUGCCAAGUCGAAGCGUGACGCCGAGAUCCAGGCCGAGCAGCGCCUUACGCUCCUCAAGUCCAAGACCGACUUGGUGUCCAAGUUCAUGCGCGCACUCGUUCCUGUUCUCGUUGACGUUUAUGCGGCUUCUGUCAGCCUCCGCGUCCGUACCAAGUCACUCACUGGUCUCGUCAAGGCUGCCGCCUUUGCCGAAUCGGACGACCUUCAGCUCACCCUCACCUCUGUCCCGAUGGCCAGCUUCCUCGGGACCAUCAUCUCCUCCAAGGACAACCCGACCUUUGUCUUGCAUGCCCUCCAGCUGGUGGAGCUGCUCGCCACAAAGCUGCCAGAUGUCUACCUCACUUCAUUCAUUCGCGAGGGUGUCGUGUUUGAGAUCGAGUCGCUUGCCGGCGAGGAGCUCAGCACCAAGGCAAAGGAGGAGGCUGAAGCGGCGGCGGCAGCUGCUGUCGCCGCUGCGGCUGUGAAGACCGAGCCCGAGGAGGAUAGCCCAUCGACUCCCAAGGCUGGGCCCUCGGCCGGGCCCUCGACGCUCACCACACCUGCUCAAGAGACACCCAAGCCUCCUGUGCCAACCAGUGAAGUGCCCGGGAUGCCCGGCGUGUUAGCGACUCUUCUUCAAACCAGCCCUGGCGCUGCCGGCGUGCCUCGCAAGACCACCACGACCGACCCGAACGAUGCCAACAUUGUCCGUGCGCGUGUCAUUGGCGCCAAGCGUAUAUUCACGGUGGAAGGCAACCAGCAAAACGAGGCUACUGACAUCCUCGAAGAGCUCGGCGGUCUUGUCAAGCGUCUUUGUCUCCCCGAGGCCACCGAGGCCGAGUUGCGCGACACCCUGCGCAUCAUCACUGCCCAAUUUUCCUCUGUUGGCCAGGCGCUUUCCAGCUUUGAGCUUUUGAAGAGUGGUCUCGUGGAAGGUCUGCUCGAGUAUGUCGACGUCGACGGCACCGUGUCGCCCAGUGAGCGCCGUGCCAUCUUCUACGAGACGUUCUCGGACACUGCCCUCGCCUCGCCAUCGCCUCUCACCAUGCUCGUCAAGCGUCUGCACGAGUCGCUUGGUCGUCUCGAGACCUUCGAGGUUGAGACUGCGUUCAACGGCAUUGGCGGUUCAGCUGCCAGCUCUCUCGCGCGUUCAAUGCGCAUCCGUCUGCUCGCCGAGGAAGGCUCCGACAUCCCCAAGCAGAUCAGCUCGCUCAGCGUCACUAUUCAAGCCAUUGCGCCAGUGCAGGCGCUUCACGACUACCUUCGUCCUCGUAUUGCCGACCCGUCGUACCUCAGUGGUGGAUCGACUUUGCAGAGCAUGUUUGCUGCCUACGCAGUUAGCCGCAACGCUGCUGGCGGUGGCGGCUCGUCUACCUCUCGACUCCUUGCCGCGCUCGCCGCAGGUGCUGGAGGUAACCCAGGUGCCUUUGGGGCACCGGCCAAUCCAGCGGCCGCGUCGUCUGCAGGUGCCACCACUGGUUCUGCGGCUGCCGACGAGGCCGCCACAGGCGAGAGCAAGAAGGAAGACAAGCCUCAGCGUCGUCGUAGCGCCCGUCUGAGCGGCAUUCCUCCGACUGAAGGAGCCGAGGGUGAAUCGACCGAGGCUGCGACCGAGACUGCCGCCGCCGGCACUGGCUCGACCGAGACUGUACCACCUCCUCCCGCUGCUCUGGGCACCAGCCCUGAUGCCAGCCUGCUUCCCCAGGUCCCGGUCGGCAUGGACUUUGACGACGACUACUCGGAGGAAGAGUACGAUGCCGAGGUGUUUGAGGAAGAAAUGGAGGAGGAGCUUGCGCGCCCGACCGAGAAGGUGGUGAGCAUGUCAAUGGCUCCUGACGGCUCGCGUGUUGAGGCCAAGACUCCCGAUGGCACUCGCAUCGCCACCCCCAACCAGGGAGCGUCGGGCUCCAACGCGGCCUUGACGACCCCCGCUGCCCCACGCACUGGCUCAUACGCGGGCGCUGUCAAGACGGUACCCGUUGACUGGCACCUUGAAUUCUCCAUCAAUGGCCAGGUGCUCAGCAACGAAGACACGAUCUACGGUGCGGUCCACCGGCUCACCAAGAACUCGCCAAACUCGGCCAACGUCUUCAACCUCCCCGUCACCUUCAAGUUCCGCAAGGUCGACGGUCCUGCGCCUGCGAAGGCUCCUCUGGAUGCCCCUUCCCCGGCCUCCACGACCAGUGCGGCCUUCCCUGACGUCCUGGAGCCCACGUCUCCAGUGUCCAUGAUCCUCCGCCUGCUGCGCGUCGUGCACAACCUGAGUGCCGAUGCCAACGACGUCACUGGCCGUCCUGACGAAAAGCUCUUUGUCAACAACAAGCUCACGGCCAAGCUCACCCGACAGCUCGAGGAGACAAUGAUCCUCGCCAGCGGCUGCCUCCCCGAGUGGGCCAGCGAGCUUCCCAAGCACUUUUCGUUCUUGUUCCCCUUUGAGACGCGCUACGCCUUCCUCCGCUCGACGUCGUUUGGCUACGGUCGCCUCAUCGCCUUGUGGCAGGCCUCGCAGCCUCGUAACAGCAACAGCAACCGCCGCGACGACAGCCUGUCGCACCUUGGGCGCCUUGUGCGCCAAAAGGUGCGCAUCUCGCGUGCCCAGCUGCUCGAGUCGUGUGCCAAGGUGCUCGAGCUGUACGGCACGUCCAACGGCAUCCUCGAGGUCGAGUACUUUGACGAGAUUGGUACGGGCUUGGGUCCUACCCUCGAGUUUUACGCACUCGCCUCCAAGGAGUUUGCCCGCCGCUCGCUCAAGCUGUGGCGUGACGAGGAUGAGUCCAAGGAGGGACCCUACGCCUUCCACCCACACGGCUUGUUCCCCGCACCCGCUCUCGUCAACGAGCCGUCCAAGGACACGCCUGGCUCGCGCCUGUCGUAUUUCAAGACACUCGGUCUGUUUGUCGGCCGCGCUCUUCUCGACUCGCGUAUUAUCGACGUCAACAUGAACACUGUUUUCAUCAAGCGUCUCCUUGGCAAGCCCGUCAAGAAGAACAUUGCAACGCUCAAGCUCGUGGACAUGACCCUCGCGCGCUCGCUCGAGCGUCUCCAGUCAUACCUCGAGUCACGCAAGGAGAUUGAAGCCAUGGUGUCGCUACCCCCAUCUAGCCGCCGCGCCAAGCUCGCCGCUCUUACCAUUGGAGGUGCCAAGCUCCAGGACCUGUCGCUCGACUUUACCCUCCCCGGCUAUGACAUUGAGCUCAAGCUCGGUGGCCGUCUCUUUGAUGUCGAUGACUCCAACCUCGAAGAGUACCUCGAGCUUGUUCUCGACAAGACCCUCGGCUCGGGUAUCACACAGCAGGUCAAGGCCUUCCAAGAGGGCUUCUCGAUGAUCUUCCCCGUCCAGGACCUCCAGAUCUUCUCUCCCGAGGAGCUCGGUCUUCUUUGCGGCAACACCGACGAGGACUGGUCCAAAGAAACUCUUGAGCAGUCUAUCAAGGCCGACCACGGCUACAACGCCGACAGCCGGACGGUCAAGAACCUCAUUGAGAUCAUGUCCAGCUACGACCUUGAGGAGCGCCGCCAGUUUCUCCAGUUUAUCACUGGUGCACCCAAGCUCCCCAUUGGCGGCUUCCGUAACGGUCUUACCCCGCCCUUCACUGUCGUGCGCAAGCCUCACGAGCCGCCUAUCAAGGCCGACCAGAUGCUUCCCAGUGUCAUGACUUGCGCGUUAUACCUCAAGCUGCCCGACUACUCGACCAUCGAGACGCUACGCAGCCAGCUCAACCGCGCUAUCGUCGACGGCAGCGGCUCAUUCCACCUCAGUUAA